UGCGCGUGCGCGUAUGUGGAGGAGGGACAAGCAGAAGGGAAUGUAGAUAAAGUGAAAGAGAGCUGAUGUAUUCAGAGCUUAUGUUGCUAGAGGUGAGAUCGGUUACCUGCCUGCAACUGAAAUUUCAAACUUCUGUUUAGAAGGGGCAUGAGUGGACAAUGGUGACUGAUAGUUGGAAAUAUCUGCAGGCGUCUUAAGUUUUACGAACAAAUGAAUGAGCAAUGAGUCGGAAGACUAUGUACAGCUUUUUUCAGCUUCUGCUAAUUUUUACUUUUUUACUUCAAAGUACAACCUCGUUUUCAAUGAACGCCUAUGUGACUGUUACUUACCACAACGAAAGCAGCAACUAUACUACCACAGAAACAUGUGAGUGUGGUGUCUAUGGAUUAGCCUCACCGUUGGCUAAUGCUAUGGGAGUGGUGGGCAUCCCUAAGAACGGUAACUACCAAGCUUGUGACUACAAUACCGAAUUUACUAACACUGACAAGCCCUGGAUUGCGCUGAUAGAACGAGGUAAUUGCACAUUUUUGGAAAAAAUUCAAACAGCGGGUAGAAGAAAUGCUGAUGCUGUUGUGAUUUACAAUUCUCCAGAGACUGGCAACCAGACGAUACAGAUGGCAAAUUUUGGUGCAGGAGACAUUGUUGCAAUCAUGAUUGGCAAUCUAAAAGGAACAAAAAUUCUACAGUCCAUUCAAAGAGGCAUACAAGUAACAAUGGUCAUCGAAGUAGGGAAAAAACAUGGCCCUUGGGUGAAUCAUUAUUCAAUUUUCUUCGUUUCCGUGUCCUUUUUUAUUAUUACGGCAGCAACUGUGGGCUAUUUUAUCUUUUAUUCUGCUCGAAGAUUACGGAAUGCAAGAGCUCAAAGCAGGAAGCAGAGGCAGUUAAAGGCAGAUGCCAAAAAAGCUAUUGGAAGGCUUCAGCUGCGUACUUUGAAACAAGGAGACAAGGAAAUUGGACCUGAUGGAGAUAGCUGUGCUGUGUGUAUCGAGCUCUAUAAACCAAAUGAUUUGGUGCGCAUCCUAACCUGCAAUCAUAUUUUCCAUAAGACAUGUGUGGACCCGUGGCUUUUAGAACACAGGACUUGCCCCAUGUGCAAAUGUGACAUUCUCAAAGCUCUGGGAAUUGAGGUGGAUGUUGAAGAUGGAUCAGUGUCUUUACAAGUUCCUGUGUCUAAUGAGGCAUCUAAUACCGCCUCUCCCCAUGAAGAGGAUAAUCGCAGUGAGACUGCAUCAUCUGGAUAUGCUUCCGUACAGGGAGCAGAUGAGCCGCCUCUGGAGGAACACGUGCAGUCAGCAAAUGAAAAUCUGCAGCUGGUAAACCAUGAAGCAAAUUCUGUGGCAGUGGAUGUUGUUCCCCAUGUUGACAACCCAACCUUUGAAGAAGAUGAAACUCCUGAUCAAGAGACUGCUGUUCGAGAAAUUAAAUCAUAAACUCUGUCAAUAGAAAACUUGAAUCGUUAGUUAUACCAGGACUGCCAAUCAGGGCCUAGUUUACUAUGAAUGAACUGGGUAAACUUAAAACAAGAAGGAAGCUGAAAGUGC